UAUGAAGCUGUCUCAUAUUGCUGGGAUCGACAAAAUGCUAGGGCGCCAAUGGAGCUCAACGGAACCAUCUUCGACGCGCCAGGGAGUGCUGUUGAAGUUCUGAAACGGUUUGCAAAAGACAAUGAUCAUCGAGCGCUGUGGAUUGAUGCACUUUGUAUUAAUCAGCAGGACACGAGAGAACGUGAGAGUCAGAUCUUGAUGAUGGGCGACAUAUAUCGCUUUGCCACGAGGACAUUAGUGUGGCUUGGUCCAGGAGAUAUGCAAACUACAGACGCUCUGGAUUUCUGCAGCUUGGUCUUGGAACAACUUCCA